UAUGUAGUGGUCUUUUAUUUUAAUGUUAUGAUAGCUUUUGUAAUCAGAUUUUCUUCUUUUAAAAAAGUGGAAUUCUUCAUAAAACAAUAUUUCCGACUCCUCAAAAGCCAAAAAUUAAUUAAUUAUUACCUUUUAUUCCCUUUUGAGGUUUUAUUCGCUUUCAUCUUACAGAAUUCUCUUGAAAUCUUGAAGUAUAAAAGUAGAAUAUUCUAGUUUAUAUGAUGGAGCUAAGAAAUGUACCAAAAUUGUAAUUUGCCAAUUUUUUUAAGAUUUUGCAUCGAAAACCCUGGAAAAAGAUUGCGUUAACUGAAUGCAGUGAAAAUUCUCUCUGGCUGAUAUUAGAAAAAAAAGAUUGAUUUGCGAGUUUCCGGCCCAGAGAACCAAGUUGGCAUCGCCCAUUUAGAUAAUACUGAAAUUCGCCUCUGAGUAAAUUUACACUAUUUUCUACUCUGCUUGUUAUAGUUUUCUUCACUCGAACUCUUCAUUCAAAAAGUGAGGUCAUAAAUGAGGAUCCUUUCUCUUAUUUUUACUUUUUUAGGCAACUUUCAUUGUCGAUUAUUGAACCCAGUUUUAAAAUUUGACUGGUGUGAAGAUUCGAAUUAUUUAGUUUCCUUAUGUCUGUUUCAUAAUUUUCACCCUGAAGUCUGUCAAGCUUGUUUGAAGUUUGUAGCAUAAGUUGAUCACACUUAAUCCAAAAUAUCCAAAAAAAAACUGAGCCACAGUCAAAUUAUUCAAAUGAGAUCUGUAGAUCGAUCCAUUUAUUGGGUUAAAAAUUCCCCAUCAGAAUUCAACCCGAUUACCUGAAUUCUUUCAACUAGCGGCAAUAUUGCUUUUUGCGCCCAAUCUAUUAGCGGUAUACAAACCACUCAGUGCAUUGCAAUGGGUAGUCCCGUAGACCUCCUAUAGGUCUCUACUCUCUUUUCCUCUGGAAUUUAUCCCUUUAUUUAACCGCUUUAUCUUUUCCCCCCUUUUCCCGGCCGGCGAUUUUCCAGUUGCUCCUCAUACUUGUUCACGUGGACGACGAUAGCCAACGAGGAUAUCGGGUUGAGCAGAGAAAAGUAAAACUAAAAUUGAAAAAAUAGGGAUAAUCAAAUGACGCUAUUAUAAUAAAAUCGGAGGCAGAAAAAUAGACUUAUAACUUAUUCAUUGGUUAUUGAAUUCUUCAGGAAUCAUUUCUUUAUCACUACGAGUGAAAAAGGAAAUCAACUCACUGACCAAAAAGACAAUCACAAAAGAAAAAUCAAAAUAACUCUGAUUUUUUUUCCAAACCGUAAAUUUGAUAUCCAUUACCUGGUUUUCCCCGUUUUUAACCCGGUAAUCUAAAAUUGUUACCACUUUGGUCUAGUUUGAUUAAAUAGAUCAAAGAUAUUUCAAACUAUCAGUUUUUCAUCAGACAGUUACGAGCCCUAAAUUUUCGCAUUACUUCCUUAUUUUCUUCAAAUUGCAGAUUGACUAAAUCUGUCUUCAACAUUUGAAUAGUUUCCAAUCACUCUUCAGUCUAAUUUGUUUGACAUACUUUUGUUUUAAACAGUCCCUUCCAAACUCAACAUAUUAGGGCAUUGGUGGAAAUAAACAAACACCUUUCUUUAGAUUCUUCCAAAAAUUGGAGUUACUCUUCAAUAUUUACAAUACGCUCCCAGAAAGUCCAGAAACUGCGACGUUUCUUUUCCUUAAACUUAAACUGCGACGUUUCUUUUCCUUAAACCAGAAUUUUUCCAGUCAGUCCCAUAACCUCAUUUUUCACAUUUACAGGUCUUAUUUUUCCAUAAAAUCGUCAACCCAGACUUCAAUUUUAUAGCCGCAGGUUUGCAAGCGCCCACAGCUGAGCGUGGAAAACAAACCCAAAACAAAGCCCAGAAAAACAAAAACAAAAUUUUACUGUCUUCUGAAUAAAUACUUCGUUUUCACAAUAAACAACAAGCAGCGACCUUAAACGUCGCUUCAAGUAUUUUUGCUCCCUUUUACGUGCCCGAGUUAACAGCCGAAAAACAAAAUCCAAUACAAGUCAUGUUUGGCUACAAAUGUUCAAUUCAGUCGUUGUUAUUGUUACUAUCUCAUAGUUAGUCUUUUUGGGAACCCAUUUUUUCAGCUGUUAUGUUCCAUUUGUUAUUUUUUUGAUUCAUACAACAAAGUGAAGCUGAACUUAUACAUCAUCAUCGCCAGGCAUUCAAUUCUGUCAUUCUGUUAUAAACUAACAAAUUUCUUUUAAAAAAACUAGAUCCAAAAAAAAUCUGAUAAAAGUAAACAGAAAAAUGACAAUUCGAUUUAUGAGUUUGAACUUUGUUGCGUUCGUCCUAAUUGCAUUUAUCCGAAACAGUGAGAGCACAUAUGGCAAGGAGUCUAACGACGUGGAGCAGGAGGAGCUUUGUCAAGCGUUCUGCCAGUUGAAAUGCAUGAAGGAGGACUACAGUCAAAUUCAGUGUGUUCCAAGGUGUUAUAGGCCAGGAGACACUUUUGGGAAGAGUGUCAGCCAAUGUAUGGCGAAAGAAUGCAAGCAGGAGUCAUGCUCAGUUUAUGCCUUCUCAGCCGACAGUGCCCCCUCUCCUUCCACGGUGGAAGUGAAAAAACUAGACCCCUCUCGUCCAGUAGGGGAGAAGAUACUCCUAGUGUGGGACAGUAGCACCCCCUCUUCCUCGUCUUCUUCCUCGUCUGGAGGGGGUGGGAGUGGAUUGCACCAGGUGGUGUAUUCUGUCGAGUCUCGACAAUGGGGCAGCUCAAAGUGGAACUUCGAGGCACUGAUUGAUGACCAGUCAAUGGAACUAAAUUACGGGACGUGCAAGUUCUACCGAGUAGCUGCGGUCAACACACAGGGAUCCAGGGGAUACUCAAAAGCAGUGACAUUCGUACCGAGGCAGCCCACUCGCAUUGAUUUCGGUGCCCAACACUUCGACCAGGGCUGGAUCCUCUCUGAAGUCACGUGGCAACUCGAAAGCAGAACCGAGACGCAAGCCUCUUCUUCAUUCAACUCCUACUCAUCAAACCACUACCAGAAACCCAGAUCUGAAGCUCUACUUUCCUGGGGAUCCAGAGCAGAGUAUGUGUUAUAUGUUGAGAAGUCGGCAUGUGAUUCGUACCCGGGAAAAGUGGAGAUGGUGCCUGGACUGUCUGGUGUGAAGACCAAGUCAAACAAGUUCCUGCUGAAAUUAGAGGCACCCGAGGAGCGAGGAUGUUAUAAAUACCACAUUAAGAUAAGCUUGUUGUUGGAGUGCGGUGUACAUGGAGAUACAGGCAGUCAGAUCUUGAAGGUCGACAGAGCCAGGCCCUGUGCGGCGAACAGCAUCGUGAACAACCCUGACUGUCCUGAUAGUGCAAUGGGCUCCAACUUCCAAUAUCCCUUCGACCAGAGUGAGAAUUACGACCUCAUCCUAGAGAGUUCAGCUACUGCCUUCUACUCCCCCUCGAAGCAGUUCGCCAUUAGUCUCAGCUGGGUCUUCAGCAGUUACGCAUCCAGUCCGAGUAGUAUCCAAGUUGCCAUCGAGUGGAGACGUCUCACAAACACGAACAAGCACUUUUACAACAGAAAUAACGAGAGCAGUGAUGCUAAGCAAAUUGUAGUUUCUGGUGCUGUAAAACAUGUGCUAUACGUUGAACCGGAUUCAACAUACAGUGUCAAAAUUUCUCAGGGUAACACAGUUCGAUCCAACACCAUCACCCACUCGGUGUACGUGUCCAGACAACUGGAAGAGGAGUAUAGACUAUCGCUUCCGACUGAGGGUACAAGAGGAGGUACUAAACAGGGCGUGUCACAUGUCAAUGUAGAGUUGCUAUCUCUAACCCCCUCAAUUCUCACACUCCUCAUUGUCAUGUCGACCUUCAUGAUCGUGCUCUUAAUCGGACUGCUGUCGUUUGUGGUGAAGAGGAAGUUGAUAAGACCUCGCAACAAUGCCAGACACAGACUGAUGCACUGUGCGGGGGGCACUCAAGGCAUGCGAGGAGGGGUGGAUCCGAACAUGUACUACUGGUGGAAUGAAGAACAGGCUGCACUCGCUGCUGCUCAAGCUGGCGGUGGCAUGUAUGACUCAUGGGAGGUGCAACUGGAAGACGUAUAUCUGUAUGACGUCAUACUACAAGGCUCAUACGGAGCAGUCUACAAGGGUGCGAUUCCGGUGCAAUCCAACAUAGCCUUAACUGCCUCUCCAGGAGUGCCUGGAUCCCCUAGUCACCCUCAGCCGGAGAAAACCAUACUUCCAUCUGUCAUCAAAAUGCUAGCAGAGUCCGUGAGUGAAACAGACAAGUUGCACUUCCGCAAAGAGGUCGAGAUCUUAAAGAGAGUUGGUUACCAUGAUAACCUGCUGAACUUGCUGGCCUGCACGACUUUGACUGCGCCUAUGUGUAUGGUGCUGGAAGAUGGAUGCCAGGGCGAUUUAUUGGGUUAUCUGCGCAUGUUUAAAAUGGACUCAAAUGAGAGCGAAUACAGUCUGCAGAGUUCCCCCAACUACAGCACCCUGCGCACCCUCCCCCGCUCACAGGGUCUGUGGAGUAACAGAAGUAAGCAGCAGGAUGACCUCGUGCCCCCCUCCAACUGCAUGUUGGAGGCAUUCGCCAAACAGAUAUGUCUCGCUAUGAGUCAUCUGUCGUCGAAAGGUCUGUUCCACAGAGAUCUGGCCUGUCGGAAUAUUCUCCUCACCCAAGACUACUCUGUCAAAGUGGGGGACUACUCUAUGGUCAGAUUCGCAUACUCACACCCAGAGUACUUAUCACGAAUCAGCGGGAAGAUGCCGAUCAAGUGGAUGGCAAUUGAGGUGCUACAGGACCAGACAUUCACACCCAAGAGUGACGUAUGGAGUUUCGGAGUGGUGUUGUAUGAACUGUGCACUUUGGGCAGUGUGCCUUUCCCCAACAUCCCCUCUGCAGACCUCCUUAAGACCCUCCUCACGGGAUACAGGAUGGACCAACCGAACACAUGCUCAGACACUCUGUACAACAUGAUGAUCCGGUGCUGGCGUGAGAACCCGGAGGAGCGUCCCGACUUCCCUCAGCUACUGACCGCACUCACCGAUCACUCGGAGGAGAAUCCUCAUUCGUCCCUCAUUCAACUCAACAACGACGACAACAGCUCUUCGGGGGAGCAGCACCACACCGAGUGUCCCCCUCCCCCCGUGCCCCCGAAGAAGCCAAACAAUGCACCUGUGGGUCAGACUGGUCCGAGUCAAAAUGUGAUGGGUAGCCAGAGAGGAUCUGUUUCUGGUCAGCAAAUGGGAUUGGAAUCGAACACUUUGUCAAGCUCUGAAGCUGGAUCCAUGAAAAGAAAAAUGUCAUCUCCGAAUGUAGUCCAACCGCAAUUGACUCUGGCUGAGAACGACACGCCACGCAGAACCUCUGCAACCUUCCAAAACACUCCUAAACACAAUAUUCCACAAUCCCAACCAAACAAUCAGCUUGCAAUGACGUCACUCAAGUCACCAACCAAUGAGAUUAGAGAAAACGAAGACCGAGAUACGAGUGUGAAAAGUAACGAGUUCGGUCCAUAUAGACCCGAAAACAAUUCGCUCAAAACAUUCGCCGGGCGAAGUGGAAAUAAACCAAGUCCUACACUUCCAAGAGCUAACGAGAGCGCACCGCGAAAAACUUCCUUAAAUGGUAGUGAAGCAUUGAGGAGUAACGGUAACAGUUCGUCACGUGGUGACUUGACUGCUCUUAGUUCAUCGGGAACCGGUUCGAAACCAGCCAAUGGCCUUCAGUCAUUUGGUGGACGACAGACGCCGAUAAUGUUUGGCAAUACAAGCAAUAGUAACCAAAAUACUUUAACGCAUCCAGACAAAAAAUCAUCCGUGGCUUCAUGUGUGUCUCAUGCAGAGACCGCAACUUCAAAAUUUAUUUAAUUUUUCAAAAAUUUCAAAUCGUAAAUUGCUCCUUUAUAAUUAAAUAGCAUAGCUGAAGUAUUGCAGUAUUAGUAUAAUCAGGUCGCACAAGUAACAUUGCGUGUGACUUUUUGGCUAGAAAUCAGAUUAAAUAGUAUUUUAAAGUUGCAUUUAGCAUUGAUAAUUUUGCUGCCUUGUUUUGUACAUUUAUUUUUUGCAAUCUGUAGCAAAAAUCUCGCUUAAAAAGCUCGAAAUUAAUU